GGAAAUGGACCUGGUCCCCAGCUUUUCCUUGGAAACGUGGGUUCUCCUGGCCCUUAGCCUGGUGCUUCUGUAUCGAUAUGCGACCUAUUCCCAUGGAUUUUUUAAGAAGCUUGGAAUUCCUGGGCCUAAACCUCUGCCUCUGUUUGGAAAUGUUUUGUCCUACAGGAAGGGUAUGUGGAGUUUUGACAUAGAGUGCCGUAAAAAGUAUGGAAAUAUGUGGGGGUUGUAUGAUGGUCCACAGCCUGUGCUGGCCAUCACAGAACCAGACAUGAUCAAAGCAGUUCUAGUUAAAGAAUGUUAUUCUGUGUUCACAAAUCGGCGGUCGCUUGUUCCAGUAGGAUUUAUGAAAAAAGCUGUCUCCCUAUCUGAGGAUGAGGAAUGGAAGAGAAUACGAACACAGUUGUCUCCAAACUUCACCAGUGGAAAACUCAAGGAAAUGUUCCCCAUCAUUAAACAGUAUGGAGAUGUGUUGGUCAAAAACCUGAGACAAGAAGCAGAGAAAGGCAAACCUGUUCAACUGAAGGAAAUCUUUGGGGCCUACAGCAUGGAUAUAAUCGUUGCAACAGCAUUUGGGGUGAACGUUGAUUCCCUCAACAACCCACAUGAUCCCUUUGUGUCAAAAGCCAGGAAGCUCUUCAGAUUUGAUUUUUUGAGUCCAUUUCUUCUCUCAAUAGUGAUGUUUCCAUUCCUCACUCAACUGUAUGAGAUGUUAAGUAUCUCUAUUUUUCCACGAGAUUCUUUGAAAUUUUUCACAAAAUUUGUAAAAAAGACAAAAGAAAAUCAUCUGGAAUCUAACAAGAAGCAACGAGUGGACUUUCUUCAGAUGAUGCUAAACUCCCAGAAUUUUAAAGACACAGAAUCUCAUAAAGCUCUGUCUGAUGUGGAGAUCUUGGCCCAGUCAAUUAUCUUUAUUUUUGCUGGUUAUGAGACCACUAGUAGCACUCUUUCUUUUAUUAUGUAUUCAUUGGCCACCCACCCUGAUGUGCAGAAGAAACUGCAGCAGGAGAUUGAUAAAACUUUGCCCAAUAAGGCAUUUCCUACCUAUGAUGUCAUGAUGGAGAUGGAAUAUCUGGAUAUGGUCGUGAAUGAAACUCUCAGAUUAUAUCCAGUUACUAACAGAAUUGAGAGGAUGUCCAAAAAAGAUUUUGAAAUCAAUGGAAUGUCCUUUCCCAAAGGGACAGGAGUGAUGAUACCAAGUUUUGCUCUUCACCGAGACUCAAAAUACUGGCCAGAACCUGAUGAGUUCCGCCCUGAAAGGUUCAGUAAGAAAAACAAGGAGAAUAUUGACCCUUACAUAUACAUGCCCUUUGGGAAUGGACCCAGGAACUGCAUUGGCAUGAGGAUGGCACUCAUGAACAUAAAACUUGCUCUCAUACGACUCCUGCAGAACUUCUCUUUCUAUCCCUGUAAAGAAACACAGAUCCCUCUGAGGUUAGGCUCAGAGGCUCUACUUCAGCCGGCAAAACCCAUAAUUCUGAAGGUUGUGUCAAGGGAUGAGACCAUAAGAGGAGCUUGAUCAUCUAUGGACUUCUGCUAUGUUCUUUAUGAAGGCUUUAAUUUACUUUUGAAUAAAACUCAAAUGAAGAUGAGCUUCAUAAACUGCCUUUGAAGAGUUAUGAGGGAUUCAGUACACACUUUGGCUUGCUCCAUAUCUGUAUAAUCUAUCUGUUAUAACAAAAUGAGUGUCAGACUUGUCAGUUCACAUUCUCUAAUUCUCACAGGACUGUCUCUAUCCGUCUCUAAGUGGUACCAUCAAUUGCAUUUGAGCUCUGAUCAAGGGAAACAUUUCUCAACAAUUUUAACAACAAUUUUUAAUGAGAACAAGAAUUAUAGCUCUGAUUGUAGUAAAAAUUUGUAUGAAAUAUUUGUAAUAUAUAAGUAGCAUUAUUUGAAAAUUCAAAUAAACAUAUCUCUUGAAAAAAAGUAAUCUUUAAAAAGUGCACAUUGUGAGGGAAGCUAUUUUUGGUCAUCAAAGUCACUGGUCCUGGAGCCCUUUUUCUGAUCCCAUUUGUACGUUAAGAUUGAUGAGAAUUAUUCCUCUGAUUUUUAUCAGAGGAUGUAGAAUUUUUUCAGAGGAUGUAGUUUGGAAACUACAUCCAUGAUUUAAUUCUAGCCUUUUGAAGCGUAUGCUUUUGUGUAACUGAAAUGAGGUAUUCAUUACUUUAUUAUUAAUUUUGAUUUAGCAUCAUCUUCCGAGAUGUUUCUGGAAAAUAGGAAACAUGCCCUUCUUUCCUUUUUUCUGCCUUUUUCCACUGGGAAUGGAGGGUAGGCACAUGCUAAAUAAGCACUUUUACCACUGAUCUACAUCCUCAGCCCUAGAAACA